CAUGCGUCACCAAAAUGUACCUUAUGUAACCUUUUUAUACAUAUCUUUACUUCCUCUUUAUGAAAUGUAAACACUAUUUGGUCAUGUAAACAUAACUCUUUAUAGCGAUCGAUCUGUCUGUCUGUUGGAUUAUGUUUUAGUCGGUGCAUUAACCAGAACAAGAAAUGGAGAUACAGAUUAUAACCGACAGUGUAGACUAUAGCAUUGCUGAAUUCUACGAACAUUUCCAUGCCGACAUUCCUCUAGUAGUACAGGUGAGCCAGGGAUUCCAGGGACAUAUCAUUGAAGACACGUUUGGAAAAGGGGAGAUUCUGUAUAUAGCUGCAAUAUCAAAACAGAAACGUGUUGCAGCUAAAGCUCACACUAAAGGAUCUCACAGAGUGUUAAGUAUACCUCAGGGAUUCUCAGAUAAUCUUUGUAUAAGAAGAUUUGGAAAAGCUGGCCAUGAACAAACUAUGUCAGACAUUCUGAAACAUAAUAGACUUCCGGUGACUGUACAAUAUCCACCAAACGACAUCAUUAUAUUCGGCAACAAAAGAUUCAACUCGUCAAAUAUUCCACGGCUGGAAAUUGUAAAAGCAUUUGAAGAAAUAUAUUUACUUGGAAACUACUUAACAGAUGGUAAGUUAGGGAAAGAAAUCAUUCAUCUACCCCUAUAUCUGUCACAGCUAAGAUUACGUCUUGUUACUGGAAUAAAAGGUCUGACGGAGGAGGGCUGGGUCAGGCAUUGUGACGCGUUGAUGGAGGAAAGCAAACAAAUUGAAUACGAUCUUCUGUUUGGAAAUCAAUAUGUUGCGGAAUACGACCACUCUGACAUCAGUCCAAAUACAAAAUAUGCUUACAUAGAACCACUACAUUAUGAUGAUAUGUUCAACUUGAUGCUUCGUUGGCCGGAAUGCCAUUUAGGAGGUCAAUCAAGGGACUCAUCUUCUUCGUCUUCUUCCUCUUCUUCGACAGGCAAAGACAAACAAUACGUGACACACGAAAUGGGUGGGACGUGAAUCUUAUGUAAUAUAAUAGACUGAUAAGUCCUUUUAACGAGGAUUAAGAAAAAUUAAUAUCCAAGAUGAAUUUAUUGGAUUUAUUCUAAAAAGCAACACAUCAUUUCAUUUAGUCAACUAGUUAAGCAAUUUGAACGAGAUGAAAUAUUUUAGUUAUCUUUGCAAUGAACAUUGGAUUAAAAAAAGCUUUAAAAAACCCUAAACAACCCAACAACAACAAAAAUAGCUUUUUGCUUUUUCCAUCUUAACUAUUUGCUUUGUGGGGAAAAGUGACAUAAAGAUACUAUCGUUUGCUUAAGUUUAGAAUUUUGUUACAUUUUCUGCGGGAAAACAACAUCAUCAUCAACAACCACAACAACAACAACAACAACAACAACAACAUUCAAACCGUCAAAAUAGCCUGGUAUGUGAUAAUACGUUUAAGCAUUUGACGUUUUGUCCGUCAACAAGCUGUCCGCAGGAAAAUGAUUUAAAAGGAAAAGGGUGAACGUUAUGUGGUUAUUACGCCGAAAAAUAAUCUUAAAAUAGUCGUACAAAUGCAAACUGUAGUUUUUCAGUGUUACAUAAUUAUGAUUAUAUUCAUACUAGUACAAAAUAUAUUAGCAUUUAGUUUUAUAAUAAUUAUAUUGCCUUUUCUUAGAAUUUCGACUUUAUAUACGAGUAUUUAUAUUCUUUUUGACCUUUUUGUACCACAAUUAGAACAUUUGCUAGAGAUAUUGAUAGCGUCCGUUUUGCAAUACGAUACCAUAGAUGAACGCAAAACUGUAUUUGAUGUGAGCUCAAAUGCAAUCAUGCUUUUUUGGCAUAUCUAGUUUUAGUCUUGUAGUCAUGAAAUGCAAAAGGGACGGACAAUCCCAGAAAAAUAUUUAAGAUUAAAAGCAUUUGAUAUAUAUUUGUUAGGACAAUAAAUACUCAAAUCACUUUAUUUGUUUAUUUGACAACAGUUUAAGCAUAAUCAAUGCUUUUUUUAAAAUCAUCAUAAAAAACUGAUGGCGUACUCCUUCAAUGAUAAAAAGGUCAUAAAAUUACCAUGUAGGGGAGAUAACUAACUAUAUUAAAGUGUACAUAUUAAUGUUUGUUUAUCUAAAGUCAAUAAUUAACAUCAUCAUUAAUCUUGACUGUAAGACAUUGCGUGUUUGACUAACUGGAAUAAGUUAUCUUUUAUUAACUUUAUUACAAGUAACACCCGGUAUAUAUUCCGUACAUACAUAUUAUCUAGAUAAUAUAUUUUGUACAUAAAAUCUUGUGUUUCACUUAAUGGUGAUUUUUUGGAUGCAUGAAUUGAGUCCGUCGAGUGAAGGUGAGAAUCUGUCGCCUUUCUUGUUCGCACCUAUCUUAACGAUUUACAGACCAGCAGUAUUGAAGCUUCAAGUGGCAUACCUGUAAAAUUUGUAAUAAAGACAGAUUUAUAACUCAUUUAAAUCUACAUUAGAAUUAAAAUCAUAUUUUAAACUAUUGUCGCAUUGUGACGCAUUACAUUUGUUCAAAUUUCGAUCUGCUAAUUAUAGAUUUCCUGUUGAAACCGGCAGGAGGGACGGAACAUAAUUCAAUAGCAGACAGUGUACACUUUGUGACCUAGAUGAGUGAGGAACCGAAAAACAUUAUCUAUUAUGUUGUCCUUUCUUUAAGUUUUAGCGGUCAAUUCUUAUCAGCAGUUUUAAACGAAUAGUUUGAUGAAUGUGAAAUCAAAACUUUUAUCUGUUUUAUUUUUUUUUAUAUGUUUUCCCCUCAUAGUGUUCUUAUGUACCUAAUAUAAUUAAAGAGUAUGUUCUGUUUUGUUCGGAAUAUAUUGUACGGAAUAUAUUGUACGGAAUAUAUACCAUUUGCGCAUAAUACCUGUUGAAGACUUUCGCGUUGAAACAUUGUUUUUUAUGAUUAAAAUAUUAUAUUCAGAAGAUGUCACUGGGAUAUACUUCAAUAUUACUGUUUUAAGAUCUGUUCAUUCAAUAAAAAAUACUACGCUUCGAGUAGAACAAUGAAUUUUUCUCUUGUAGAUUUCGGCAAAAUGUACAGUUUGUCAUGUAAUUUCUUAUAACAGUGAAAUAUAUUUUUUGAUAUUUACAGAUUAUAUUAUAGUUCUAUAAUUUUCGAUAUUAUCAUAGUUGUUUAUAUUUCUAUUAUUUGUUGUUGAAAUAAAGUAUGUGAUAUAAUUAUAUACAA